AUGGCGGCGGGAGCGGAGCAGCGCGGCGCCGGCCUGGAGGCCGCGGUGCGGGGCGGGCUGCGCGUCCUCCGGGAGCGCUGGAUGCGGGGCACCCUGCGGGGCUCCGCGCCCGCCCCGCUCCCGGAGGCCGCGGACGGUGCGGAGGGAGAGAGCGGCCUGCAGGCGCUGCCGAUCGACGUGCAGCUGAGCAUCAUGUCCUUCCUCUCGCCCCAAGAUGUGUGUCGCUUAGGAAGCACGAGUUGUUACUGGAGGGCAGCUGUGCAAGACCCCUUGUUGUGGAGGUAUUUUCUCCUCCGGGAUCUCCCCUCUUGGACAUCUGUUGAUUGGAAAUCACUUCCAGAUGAGGAGAUUUUUAAUAAAGCCUUUUCAGAGGUCAGCGACAAUGCACUGUAUGAUUACAUGGCAGUAUAUAAAAAGAGCUGUCCUCAGGGUAGAAGAAGUUUGAAAUCGAGCCGUCCUCGGUAUGGGACUGUGACUUCCUUUUUGCAAUCACUGGUCACACAGGCAGAACCUCGCUUUGCUAUGUUUGGGCCAGGUUUGGAAGAGCUGGACAACUCCUUAGUACAAAAGAUGAUGACAUGCCCAGAAAUUCUGCUGGUAGCUGGCCUACCUCAAAGACAAAUCCAUGGAAUUGGAUCAGGAGUCAGUUUUCAGUUUAACAACAAUCAAAAAUUCAAUAUUGUGACACUGUAUUCCACCACAAGUGUGGAAAGGAGGAGAGCAAGGGAGGAGCAAGCUGUUGCUGUGAAUAAGAUGUUUUACCAAGAGAACAGCACAGUAGGUAAUCAGCAAGCCACACACUACAGUGUAAUAGCUCAAGUGAAGAAGGUGUGCGAAGUAGUUGAUGGAUUCAUUUAUGUUGCUAAUGCAGAAGCUCAUAGAGAGCAUGAUCGUCAGGAGGAGCUGGCUCGUAUUUUGGCAAUGAUUGAUCCAGCCCUCGGGCCUCCGAACAGACCUCUGCUGGUUUUGUCCUGUGUGUCUCACGCUGGUGUGAGAAGAAUUCCGUGUGUUUACGUGGCACAUCAGCUGCAGCUAAAUCUACUGCAUCAGCCCUGGAUGAUACAGGACACUGUAGCCGCAACUUUAGAUGGAUUGCUAAAUGGAAUUGAGUGGAUCUUGGAAGAAGCAAGUUGUAAAAGUGCUCAGUAAUUAGGUAUUAUUGCACUGUAUAAACCCUUUGGUGUUUUCCAUUUCAGUUGAAGUAAGAAUUUUGUCCUUCCUGCCAGAGUACUGUCAGAAGGGAAAAGUCAGGGCAAACCUGCAUGUAUUUCACUGCACAUACUUAAAUCCUUAAUAUUUUCCAGUCCUGAAUUAGAAGUACAAGCAUGAUUGCCUGGAUUCCAGCUGCAAUGAAGAAGUGAUUAAGAGAGACAAUCUUGUAUGUUUUUCAUAUUCUUGUAUGUUUUGUUUUUCUCUUCUUUCAACCAGAGGCCUUUCCCAAUAUAUCUGAUGGUGUAAUAUCUUCUGUAAAUAUAUAUGUAACACUACAUUAGUUUAUUACACAUUUAGUAAAUAUAUGCAGUGGACACCUUUACAGCAGCACUUUCUGACCAAAGAAAACAUGCUGUAGGUUGUACAAUAGGAGGCUGACAGAAAGACAGUAACUCUUGAUUUCAGAAAAGUGAGUUCCCCUGUAUUUUUCUAGAAAAAAUGCCUAGAUAAAAAGGAGUGGGGGGGGAUUUUCAGCCCAGACCAAAUUUCUUAGAAGCAAACAAAUGCUGCUGUGUAUGAAUUGUUGUUUCUUUGUUGUGAUCUUACUUAUUAACUAGCCAUGACAGACUUCAGCAUCUUUUGCUUUCUGUUGCACUGAAAUCAUUAGCUUGAACCGGAUAUGCAUCUGAUGCCACAAACAAAUGUUAAAUAGGAUCAUUCAGGACUUUACUGCACACAAACUAUCAAGUUUUCCAAAUAGUUGUAGCCAUUUGCAGAUGUAAAUUAUACCUGUCUUGAAAUUUUCUACACAGUUGCAAGUAGUUUUAUGAAAAGUGACAUUUUAAAGCUGUAAUUGUGUUUUCCAUAUUGACAUCUUUGGGGAUAGUUGAUAUCUUCUUCCUUUUCAUGUUUUUAUUACUGUGUAAGUGUUCAGAAACUGCUUGGAUUUCUCGCCUGAGCAUUUAUUUGCUUUAUUCUGAGCUUUUGUUUUUCUUUUCUCCUAUCUUCAUGGAAAUUCAGGUGUCACAAUUUUUUUUUUGGUACCUAGAUAAGUGAUUGCACGGUGCACAUACAUAUGUAACUGCCCUCAGUCUGGGAUUCUUGAGUGAUGAUUAACACAGCCAUGUCAAAAACAAUCCAUUGAAGAAGAUGUUUGGGUUUUUUUAAUGAACUAGAAAGUAUAUCUUUUUUCUUUUUUUCAUCUUUAUGUGCAUUUAAUCCAUCUUUCUAGGUCUUUUUUAUGUGUUUCAAUCCAAAGGAAUAUAUAUACAAUGGAAAUUCUGUGGUUUAUCCUUUUUUUUUAAACCCCAAUAGAGAGCAGACACAAUGGAUUUAUGUGUGUUUGGGGUAAAAUUCCAUGCUUUGUGACUGGGUGGAUGUGAUUUUCAUCUUAAUCACAAUAAUUUCAUAGUGGUAUGUAUGUAGGGGAUUGAAUGCAGCAAUCUGAUUCUAUGUUAGCUACUGCAAAUAUGGGGUGUUAUGGAAGACCCUCUUUCUACUUUCUUCAUAAGGAAUAAAUAAUUUUUAAAAGAAUGA